GCGAGGGAGGCGGCGGGCGGGGAGCGAGCAAACCAGAGCUAGCGGGUGAGGCCGGUGUCCCCCCCACCACGGCGGCGCCCGGGGUCUUAGUCCACGCCGCGGGGAGGACGAACUUCAUCAGGUAACUCUUCCUUCAGGAUGAAUUAAGAGAGGACGAUCCAUAGUUGUUAAGAAUGGAGAACAGCGUGUCAGUUUCUAGCAUGCCGGACCCUUCGUCUUCAUCCUUGGAAAAACAUCAGAGCUCAGCUGACCGUAACGGAGAUCUUGAUUCAGAAGAAGGCUCAAGCUUGGAGGAAACCGGCUUUAACUGGGGAGAGUAUUUGGAGGAGACGGGGACCAGUGCAGCUCCUCACACAUCAUUCAAACAUGUUGAGAUCAGCAUUCAGAGCAACUUCCAGCCGGGGAUGAAAUUGGAGGUAGCCAACAAGAAGAAUCCGGACACGUACUGGGUGGCCACGGUCAUCACCACCUGCGGGCAGCUGCUGCUUCUGCGCUACUGUGGUUACGGGGAGGACCGCCGGGCCGACUUCUGGUGUGACGUGGUGAUCGCGGAUCUGCACCCUGUAGGGUGGUGCACGCAGAACAAUAAGACCCUGAUGCCCCCGGAUGCAAUCAAAGAGAAGUACACGGACUGGACGGAAUUUCUCAUCCGUGAUUUGACUGGUUCCCGGACGGCCCCAGCCAGCCUCCUGGAAGGUCCUCUGCGAGGGAAAGGCCCUAUAGACCUCAUUACAGUUGAUUCCUUAAUAGAGCUCCAGGAUUCUCAGAGCCCUUUUCAGUACUGGAUAGUUAGUGUGAUUGAGAAUGUUGGAGGAAGAUUACGCCUUCGCUAUGUGGGAUUGGAGGACACUGAAUCCUAUGACCAGUGGUUGUUUUACUUGGAUUACAGACUUCGACCAGUUGGUUGGUGUCAAGAGAAUAAAUACAGAAUGGACCCACCUUCAGAAAUCUAUCCUUUGAAGAUGGACUCAGAGUGGAAAUGUGCUCUGGAGAAAUCCCUUGUUGAUGCUGCUAACUUUCCUCUUCCGAUGGAAGUGUUUAAGGACCAUGCAGAUUUGAGAAGCCAUUUCUUCACAGUUGGGAUGAAGCUUGAAACAGUGAACGUGAGGGAGCCCUUUCACAUCUGUCCUGCAUCGGUGACCAAGGUUUUUAACAAUCGUUUUUUUCAAGUGACUAUUGAUGACCUCAGACCAGAGCCUAGUAAACUCUCGAUGCUGUACCAUGCGGAUUCGUUGGGGAUUUUACCAGUACGGUGGUGCCUUAAAAACGGAGUCAAUCUCACACCUCCCAAAGGUUACUCUGGCCAGGACUUCGACUGGGCAGAUUAUCACAAGCAGCAUGGGACAGAAGAAGCGCCUCCCUUCUGCUUCAGAAACACAUCAUUCAGCCGGGGCUUCACACAGAACAUGAAGCUUGAAGCUGUGAACCCCAGGAAUCCGGGAGAACUCUGCGUGGCCUCUGUCACUGCUGUGAAGGGGAGGUUAAUGUGGCUUCACCUGGAAGGCCUGCAGAGUCCGGCUCCAGAGUUCAUUGUUGAUGUUGAAUCCAUGGACAUCUUCCCCGUGGGCUGGUGUGAAGCCAACUCCUACCCUCUGACCACACCGCACAAGACAGUCUCACAAAAGAAGAGAAAGAUCGCAGUUGUGCAACCAGAAAAACAAUCGUCAUCCACAGUGCCUGUUGAGAAAAUACCUCACGACCUUUGUUUAUUCCCUCACCUGGACACCACAGGUACCGUCAAUGGGAAGUACUGCUGUCCUCAGCUUUUCAUCAACCACAGGUGUUUCUCGGGCCCCUACCUCAACAAGGGGAGGAUCGCAGAGCUGCCUCAGUCGGUGGGACCAGGCAAAUGCGUGCUGGUCCUUAAAGAGGUUCUUAGCAUGAUCAUCAAUGCAGCUUACAAACCUGGAAGGGUGUUACGGGAAUUGCAGCUGGUGGAAGACCCACACUGGAAUUUUCAGGAGGAGACACUGAAGGCCAAGUAUAGAGGCAAAACAUACAGGGCUGUGGCCAAGAUCGUCCGAACAUCUGACCAAGUAGCGGAUUUCUGCCGCCGUGUUUGUGCCAAGCUCGAAUGCUGUCCAAAUUUGUUCAGUCCUGUGCUGGUUUCUGAAAACUGCCCGGAGAACUGCUCCAUUCACACCAAAACCAAAUACACUUACUAUUAUGGGAAGAGAAAGAAGAUCAUUAAGCCCCCUAUUGGAGAAAGCAGUGUUGAAAGUGGACACCCUAAACCGGCCAGACGCAGGAAACGACGAAAAUCCAUUUUUGUGCAGAAGAAACGGAGGUCCUCUGCCGUGGGCUUUGCCGCAGGCUCCGGGGAGGAAAGUGAAGAGGAGGAUGCGGACGCCCUGGACGAUGACACCGGGAGUGAGGAGACCGGCUCCGAGCUCCGUGAUGACCAGACGGACACGUCCUCGGCCGAGGUUCCCUCCGCCCGGCCCCGGAGGGCUGUGACCCUGAGGAGCGGCCCGGAGCCCGAGCGCCGGGCGCCCGUGGAGAGGACGCGGAGGGGCCGGAGGGCCCAGGCCACCGCCAGCGCCGAGGGGGCCCCCGGGGGCCCGGCCCCCAGCCAGGAAGCAGCGGAGGAGGUGAAGCGAGAGGAGGAGGAGAGGCUGGUCCUGGAGAGCAACCCCUUGGAGUGGUCGGUGACAGACGUGGUGAGGUUCAUCAAGCUGACGGACUGUGCCCCCCUGGCCAAAAUAUUUCAGGAGCAGGAUAUCGACGGCCAAGCGCUCCUGUUGCUGACCCUCCCCACGGUGCAGGAGUGCCUGGAGCUGAAGCUGGGGCCCGCCAUCAAGCUGUGCCACCAGAUCGAGAGGGUCAAGGUGGCUUUCUAUGCCCAGUACGCCAACUGACCCUGCCUGCCCCACCCGCCGUCCCGGUGAUGCAGUGUCUCGUGUCUCGAAGGGUUUCCGGGACUGGACCUUCCGUUUUCCCGGGAUGCGUCAGGUGGUGCACAUGCUGUGUCCCCACAAGGCGAGAAGCACGAGGGCCUCCUCUGCCCACCAGCCUGCUCGAGGUUUCCAUGUUUCCAAAGCACCCCGGGCCCCGCAGCAGUGGCUCCCAGAGGGUGUGAAUUUAAGCUCGUACCCUGCAGAUGUGGACAUGCAUCUCUGCAGACCACGCCCCCGCCUUUCUCCCACCCCAAACCAGGCAACUUCCUCGGAACAAGGUUUCCUAAACCAAGGCCCACACUUCUUUGAAAACUAAGGCGCAGGUGAUGUCUUUUAGGUUGUGACCCAGGAGGAGGCCUUGCAGAUGGCUUUAGUGUGAUUGUUCCCAGGCACGUCCAUAGAUGCUUCUUUCAGGUCGACACGCGUGUAGCUGUUGGCUGCAGUUUGAUCUGGUGGUGACUCAUUUCUCACGCACAGCUCUAGGCGAUGUUUCAGGAUGGCAGUUAGCAAAGGAGGGACUCCGCCUAUCCGAGGAGACUUCAGGAAAUCUGGGCAGAGAAGGAAGGCCGGGUGUCAUGACAGGGAGAUGGGCAUCCAGGAAGUCUGCAGGGAGGAGGCAUGCUUGCAGCCUUGUACAGAACCUCUGAGAUCUCCGACAUGCUCAUUUAACUGUCACCAGGUCAGGGAGGGUCUCCUCUAGUCUCUUGGGGCAUCUUGAAUUGUGUAUUGAAGGCAGAGCUUCAUUCCAGAGAGCAAGAGCGGAGAAAAGACCUGAGGGAAGCUGUUGAUUGAACAGCUCCUUCCCUUAGAGGGACACUGCACUGGGUCUCCCGAGGAGGGUCCCUUCGAGCCCCGCCCUGCUCAGUCACCCCUGCCCCGGCACACACAUCUCCCACGGGGUGAUGAGGGGCCCUGGCCCUGGAGGCAGCCCCACGUUCUCCUGGCUCGGCCAUUGACUGACCCCGUCAUCUGGGCUGACUUUGAAUCACCCUGGACCUCCUUCCGGUAAAGUAACAGGUUUGAACUCUUAGGCGUGUGGCACUGACACGUGUGCCCUUGUCCCCAUCCUGCUCCUGCUGUCAGGGAAGAGUCCACAUUGGCCAAAGCGAGAAAAAGAGAGUGUGUAGUUCCUGCAGCUCACUCUGGCUCUGGUUUGCUUAUGACAUCUCUUGGCUGUUUUCAUUAAGUGGGUCCAGUCGUUUGUAGAGAGAUCUGUGGCUCUGGGGACCAGCUGGUCUUUUGUACCAGGUGCUUCGUCUGUGUGCACCCUGGACGGAUCCAAUAUAUGCUUUGAAGCCCGAACGGACCGCUGUAUUCUGGGCUGGUCGUUGCCCAAAUGCCUUUUCAAACUUGUGUGAGGAAGCUCAGGCCCCACGUUGCCCAGGAAGAGUGGGCGCUGCCCACCCUGCUCUUCCUUUAUGAGCAUAAUUACCUCGACCUCUUCUCUUUGACGCGAGUGUCAGCAAUUCCAGGAAUAGUGUCCUGGGUUGGCUGACGAGCUGAUCAUAUUCGUGCCACAUGUGAGGGCUGGUUAUCUGUCAGACUUUGAGAGGCUCCAUCCCUAAGGCUAACCUUUGUCAACAUUCUGUCACCGUUACGGAUGAAAAGAGAAAACAUGUGUUUCGUGGUCGAGACUGCCGUCGCCCCUGUAGCUGAUCCUAAGUCAAGUUUAAACGUUUGGCACUGGACUUGCCGGUUGCCUCUGCUGGGAGGCCCUGUGCCUGGCCUGUGCAGACGGGCAGCGUCCGUGAGGAUCCCAGCCUGGCCUGCGGUCCCAUUUCUCUCUUUGGUUCCCCACCGCUGCCUCCUCAGCCAUGUGCUUUUGGCCUUAAACGCUCAGUCCCAUGGAGCUGAACUCUGUCAACCAGUUGGAAAGGGCAUCCUUUUCAUGGAUGUUUGGGGCAUUUUCCCGUCGCUGACACGUUUGUGAUCCUUCACUGUGGCCGUUUUGAGCUGAGUUCUUCCCGUUGCGUGUGGGACGGGAAUGAAGGGAUGUGAGGGCUGCAGCCUCCUUUCAGAAUGAAUGGCUCCUGCUCGUGCCCGUUCCAGGAGUGGCCCAGAGGGGAGGGUGCUGCGUGGGAAUAAGUGGCUCUCCGGGAGGGUAGGGGGAGUCCCUGGGGCCCACGCAGAGGAGCUGGAGGCCUCCCGCCCGGCAGCCCGGGGGGAGACGCGGCCACCAUUGCUGGGGAAGCAUCCUCUCCCCGAGGGGCCAGAUGCCCAGAACUCUCCUUAUCCUUGGUCUCUUUGUGGGAUCUGCCCUGUCAACCACCUGCGCUCUGCGUGUGCCUGGCGGAGAGACGGCUGCGGCCGAGGCAGAGGAGGCCCGGCUCUGGGGCAGGCGUCCUAAAGGCUGUCUGCAUGCCAUCUCCCUGCCCUGCUGCGAGCCAGCAAACAUUUUAGGGGCAAGAAGAUACUUUUGCUCUGAGUGUUGCCAACGUUGCCCUCCAAUUCAGAUUCUUUGGGGACUUCUGUGAUGGGGGUCUGUGCUUCUUCACAUCAGCAGGACUUGGGCUGCAUAAGUGUCAGGUGGUGUUCAUUUCUCUGUAGGAUUCCCCUCUCACCAGCUUCUGCCUUAGAGAAAGGGCCAGUUUUCAAGGAACGUUUUACAGCGUUGUUACUCGGUCUUCGUCCCUUAUGGCGGGAAGAGUUGCUCUCACACCUGUAGCCCCCAAUGCACCCCAGCGCCUAAGAUAAACGUUUCUUGGUUGAAACACUCCAGCUGGCAAUGCCCCCUCCCCUCUUCAUCCCCAGAUGCUCCCGUCUCCCCGCUGUCUCUCUGACAGCGCUUUGGGGUCAGAGGCCUCUCCUCUGUGUACCUGUGUCCGGCAUAUACCGGGUUGCUCAUUACCUCUGGGAACGGCCCAAGAACUGUGUUCCCCUUCCCGGCCGAGCAGACCCUGCAGUCUGUCUGUACAGCGUGUAUCACUUGAAAAGCAGAAAUGCCACCUCAUCUCUAAGGCUGAGAGUCCAUCACUGAGUCCCGCCCUAAAACUAAUGGAGCUUGUAUCGACCUCUGACCUCUUGACUGCUUUUGUCCUGUGUUAGGAAAAUAUCCUGUCCACAAAAACAUAAACGUAGAAAGGCCGCCAUUCCGGAAGAACUUCUUCGCUUUAAAAAGAAAAAUAGCAACAGCAAAAACCCAGUUUCCUUCACCACAGAGUUGCAUAGCAUGGAGAAAUCUAUCACUUUUAAAAUUAGGUUCAUUUGAUCAAAGUUUGACUCAGAGUGCUUGAGCUGUACAGCUAUUAGGUUGCUUUGCCUUAUUUGAUCAUAUUUGAAAGGUGAUUUCUUGUGUUUGCUUUGAUUUGUUCCUCAAUAAAUUAAAAUGACUCAGGCCUUUCACACUGCCCCCUUUGCCCCACACUGAAGUCUCUGGAAGGUUGAUUUUGAUCAGCCUUUGAAGAUUGGUCUCAGUUUCCUUAAUUUGUGUCACAGAAUCUUGAGUGUUGUUAUCAGGCAAGUUCUGAGAUUUGCCUUUUAUCUUAAACCAAACGCCCCUUUCUAAGGGCUGUUCUCCCUUCGUUUUGGAAGCAUUAGGGGUUUCAUACUUCUUUUGUCGAACGCCCGUCUGUAUUUAUUUCUGUAGAUAGAACUAUAAAAACAGGUGUUAAGUCUUUGUGGUUUGAGCAUCAUCGUUGCUUUUUUGGUUAAGAUGGUGAAUCUACGCUCCAAGUCCUACACUAUUCUAUCUUUAGAAAGCUGUGGCCAAGCGUGCAAUUAUUUGAAGGGAAAAAUAGUAAAUUUUAAGGUAUCUGUAGUUUUUAAGGAAAAAGUAAUCGUUGGGGAGACAUACAUACUGCCCGUGUCUCUCUGGUGCAGUAACUAAAUAGCAAGGGAGGCUCUAUUGGCAACGAUUACACUGUAAUGAUUCUUUUUUUCCUUCACUUGUUUUUUUCUGUUAAAGAGUUUUCUGGAAAUUGCUUUACUCACUUCAACUUAGUUGAGUUUUUACAUUGGGCGACUCUCAUAGCUUUUACCACUAGAGUUGAUUUAUACGUAUCCCAAACACAAUGUGCUAUCCCCACUGUGCUAUUUUUGACCCACUUAAGUCACCUAAAAAUUCUAAGUGUUGACACAUGAUGCUGCCUUGGGUUUUGGUUAAGAAAAGAAUCUCUGGUUUAGUUGAUCGGUAAUAACACAAUUUCCUGAGCUGCAGACUUUCCAUUUUCUUGAUUUUGUUUAAAAAAGGCUAGGAUAUGGUACCAGGGAGUCCCAGUAGGUCAAGACCUACAUCACCAGGCAGAGUGGGUACUUCAUGUGGACCGAAGAGAUGUGUUGAAGAAAAAGUAAAGUUCUAAGAAGCAUUUGCUGAAAAUCACUUUACAGUGGGCAAUCGGAGACAAAAGUUUUUAAAUGACAGAAAAAAAAUCAUCUCAUUUGUUGUUCAAAAUGGGAGCCAGCAUGAUACCUAGAAGCAUAAACUACCCCUAGUUGUGAACGUCAAAGCCCUUUUACUGCUUUGCAUUCCAGUUUGAAUAGUUUGUAUUGGAAUUUGAUUCAUAUCUUGUGUAUGUUUUGGUGCAUAAAAGGGAAAAGUUGGUGUCUUUACUUUCGAUAUUUGCAGGACAAAGGGCAUGUCGUGGUUUGCUGUAAGAUUGUAUUCUGUAUAUAUGUUUUCAUGUAAAUAAAUGAAAAUCUAUAUCAGAGUUAUAUUUUAAUUUUUAUUCUAAAUGAAAAACCCUUUUUACUUGAAAAAAUUGUAAGCCACGUUGUUAAUAA